AUCGCUUCAGGAAAUCUGUGCAUGAUGUCCUUCCUUGAAGCCGUUGCUCUCUCUAAAUGUAGGCUGCAUAGUCCGCCGUCACUGCUUCUCUGUGUCACUGGAGCUAUUUUUGUUUGGCAGUGAGGGGUGGGCUCGUAGGAGACCUUGUGGAGCCCUGUGCCGGGCUAAGGGGGCUCGCCGGCUUUGUACCCCAAUGGAGUUUUGUGUUUUUCAGCUUUUAACUCAGAGGAAGGAACGAAACAGAGAGGACGCUUUGGAAAGUUUUGGUCCUUUGAUUGGCCCCUUAAAUGGGAAUUGAAUCUACACUGCAUUCCUUUAAUUCACUGAAUGACAGUGACUGUGCGUCUUUUUUCCUGUUUGGAAGCGCUGUGGUGUGGUUGUGCUGCUUGAACGGCCUGAUGAGGACUUCAGGCGACAGGAGCUCUGCUGAAAGGCUCUAACUACGCCAUGUCUAACGGGGGCGGGGUCGCCAGCAGCUCCACCCACCUGCUGGACUUCCUAGAGGAGCCCAUCCCGGGUGUGGGGACCUACGACGACUUCCACACCAUCGACUGGGUCCGCGAGAAGUGCAAGGACCGCGAGAGGCACCGCAAGAUUAACAGUAAGAAAAAGGAGUCGGCAUGGGAGUUCACAAAGAGUCUGUACGACGCCUGGUCUGGGUGGCUGGUGGUUACACUCACAGGCUUGGCCUCAGGUGCUUUGGCUGGCCUGAUUGACAUUGCUGCUGACUGGAUGAACGACCUGAAGGAGGGUGUGUGUCUCAGCGCCAUGUGGUUCAACCACGAGCAGUGCUGCUGGACGUCCAAUGAGACCACCUUCGCUGAGCGGGACAAGUGCCCCCAGUGGAAGAGCUGGGCGGAGCUAAUACUGGGGCAGGCCGAGGGCCCGGGCUCCUACAUCAUGAACUACUUCAUGUACAUCUACUGGGCCCUGUCCUUUGCCUUCCUGGCGGUGUGUCUGGUCAAGGUGUUCGCUCCCUACGCCUGCGGCUCGGGGAUCCCUGAGAUCAAGACCAUCCUGAGCGGGUUCAUCAUCCGGGGCUACCUGGGCAAGUGGACCCUGAUGAUCAAGACCAUCACUCUGGUGCUGGCUGUGGCGUCCGGCCUCAGCCUGGGGAAAGAGGGCCCUCUGGUCCACGUGGCCUGCUGCUGCGGGAACAUCUUCUCCUACCUCUUCCCCAAGUACAGCAAGAACGAGGCAAAGAAGCGAGAGGUUCUCUCUGCUGCAUCAGCGGCUGGCGUGUCCGUGGCGUUUGGAGCCCCGAUAGGAGGAGUGCUCUUCAGCCUGGAGGAGGUGAGCUACUACUUCCCUCUGAAGACCCUGUGGCGCUCCUUCUUCGCCGCCCUGGUGGCAGCCUUCGUCCUGCGCUCCAUCAACCCGUUCGGUAACAGCCGCCUGGUGCUCUUCUAUGUGGAGUAUCACACACCUUGGUACCUCUUCGAGCUCAUCCCCUUCAUCCUGCUGGGCGUUUUCGGGGGUCUCUGGGGAGCCUUCUUCAUCCGAGCCAACAUCGCAUGGUGCCGGAGGCGCAAGUCCACCCGCUUUGGCAAGUACCCUGUUUUGGAGGUGAUCCUGGUGGCGGCCAUCACGGCGGUGGUUGCCUUCCCCAACCCGUACACGCGGCAGAACACCAGCGAGCUGAUCAAGGAGCUGUUCACCGACUGCGGCCCGCUGGAGUCGUCCCAGCUCUGCCAGUACCGCAGCCAGAUGAACGGGAGUAAAGCCUUCACCGAGACCCCCAACCGGCCGGCGGGGCCCGGGGUCUACGCCGCCAUGUGGCAGCUCUGCCUGGCGCUCAUCUUCAAGAUUAUCAUGACCAUAUUCACCUUCGGUCUCAAGGUCCCGUCGGGCUUGUUCAUCCCCAGCAUGGCCAUCGGGGCGAUCGCAGGGCGUAUUGUCGGCAUCGCCGUGGAGCAGCUGGCCUACUACCACCACGACUGGUUCCUCUUCAAGGAGUGGUGCGAGGUGGGAGCUGACUGCAUCACCCCGGGGCUCUACGCCAUGGUGGGCGCCGCCGCAUGUCUGGGCGGCGUCACCCGCAUGACGGUCUCCCUGGUCGUCAUUGUGUUCGAGCUGACCGGCGGGUUGGAGUACAUCGUCCCGCUCAUGGCCGCCGUCAUGACCAGCAAGUGGGUGGGCGACGCCUUCGGCCGCGAGGGAAUCUACGAGGCCCACAUCCGCCUCAACGGUUACCCCUUCCUGGACGCCAAGGAGGAGUUCACACACACCACGCUGGCCAGGGAGGUGAUGAGGCCGCGUCGCAGCGACCCGCCGCUCGCCGUGCUGACUCAGGACGACCUGACGGUGGAGGAGCUGCAGGGCAUCAUCAACGAGACCAGCUACAACGGUUUCCCUGUGAUCGUGUCCAAGGAGUCCCAGAGGCUGGUGGGCUUUGCUCUGCGCAGGGACAUCACUAUCGCUAUAGAGAACGCCCGUCGUAAACAGGAGGGCAUCAUGCUGAACUCCCGGGUGUACUUCACCCAGCACGCUCCCACCCUGCCGGCCGACAGCCCCCGGCCCCUCAAGCUGCGCUCCAUCCUGGACAUGAGCCCCUUCACCGUCACGGACCACACGCCCAUGGAGAUCGUGGUUGACAUUUUUAGGAAGCUGGGGCUGCGCCAGUGCCUGGUCACUCACAACGGGAUUGUGUUGGGCAUCAUCACUAAGAAGAAUAUAUUAGAGCAUCUGGAAGAGCUCAAGCAGCACUCGGAGCCCCUGGCGGCUCCUUGGUAUUAUCACAAAAAAAGAUAUCCUUCGUCACAUGGCUCAAAUGGCAAACCAAGAUCCCGAGUCCAUCAUGUUCAACUAGUCCGCUCCUUCCAGGACGGCCGGGCGGGGGGAGACGACAGCGACGAGGAGGCGGUGCACCUCCUGGACGGAUCCAACCUCUGACAUUCAGACCCCUCCACCUCCCGCUCCCCUUCUCUCACCUCUGUAGACCCCUCCACCUCGCCUACCAAACACUAAGCUGACUGACUGCGGCCCCCUCCAGAGACUCAGAGAGUAGAGGAGCGCCCCCUACUGGCCGGGAGAGGCAAACAGACAAUGACGAGAGACUCCGUUACCAAUCGUUUGGCUGCUGAGGAGACGAGGAGGUCACGGGCGGACGUUCACACACGCAAGGAAUGCACUUUUUCCGCACACACACUCGUACACACUCACACUUUUUGCACUCACAUACAUACAGUCACAUACAAGCAUGCGUUCUCUUUUGCAGGCACACACACACACACACACCGACACACACACACACUCACACACCUAGCCAGGAACAAAACAAAUGGAAAUGAAUCUCCCUUCCUUGUAAAGACACACACGUUUGCACUCUUCAUGCGCCUCACCCUUGUCCUGUUCUCCGCUGGGUUGCAGUGGACAUUCGCCUGGCUGGGGGGGGUCAAAGGUCAGAAUGAUCCGCCGGGACGCGAGGAGGGACCUUGAGACUCCCACGAGUCGACGCCAGGCUCCCGGUUCUGUUUAAAACCCACCUUUCCUUACCCGCACGCCGCAGGCACACGCAACCCGUCCAUCCUUCAUGAAAGCAUUGUUUACCUGUGAAAUUUGUGUGUGUGCAUGUAUGCGUGUAAGUGUGUGUGUGAGUGCCUGUUUGUGUGUGUGUGUGUGUGUGUGUGUGUGUGUAUCCCUAGCGCCUCUACAUUCCAGCCAGGUUACCAUGGGAACUCGGAGGACAAGCGCCCGCCCGCCUCCCCGAACAUGGCAGCAUUUCAUGACCACGUCAUGGCAGACGGCUGCUCCCUAGGUGCAAGUCAGUCCAAACGAAAUGGCUUUAAUGAAUGCGUGUGUGUGUGUGUGUGUGUGUGUGUGUGUGUGUGUGUGUGUGUGUGUGUGUGUGUGUGUGUGUGUGAGUGUAAGAGAGAGAGAAAAAGAUACAAAGGGAGAGAGAUAGAUGGGUACUGUAUCUCAAGAACAAAAGUGUUCCCCCUCAGAAGGAAAAAAUUGUGAAUAAGACCUUUGUGAGUGUGUGAGUGUGUUCAUUUCUGAGCCAAGUACGCCUGUGUGUGUGAGAGUGUGUGUGUGUGAGAGAGUGUGUAUGUAUGUCAGAUGAGAGCAGGCACCUAGUCGCCUCCCCUCCGUUCACAUGAAGGUGGGUGGAGUGUGUAAAGAAAACAAAAAAAAAAAAAAAGGAAAAACCGUCAAGGUUGAGUUCUUCUGUGUACUCUGUUACAGGAAAAUAAAAAGAAAACUUCUUUUUUCUUCUCAAACUAUUACUAUUGCUACUACUUUUAGAUUAUUGAUCUUGCUAUAAUCGAGUAACUUUUUACAGCUUGAAACAAAACAAGACUGGAAAUCUGCACUGUUUUAAGUGAGUCGGUGGAAGCUGCUGAGGAGGAGGAGGAGAGACGUGAUGAUGAUGAUACUGCACAGACUGUGUGUUUGGACAUUUUACUUUUUUCUUGUUUUGUUUUUUUUUUUUCUCUUUGCUGAAGCUGUGGCCAGAUCUGUGGGAAAUGUGUCCUGUGUUUUCAACCAACAACUGUCAUCCUCCCUCACUUUCUCAGAGGAGUCGUCCUCCCUCUAAGCCCCGACCGACGUUGUUAACCACCUUUUAAAAAUUUACUUAACCGCGUUCGAGCACUCCAUUCGUCUUUGAAAGCAUGAACCUAAUGAACAUUCAAAAAUGGAUUUCAGACACAAAACUCAAUUUUUCCAGUUGAUUUAGGAGCAAAGAGACUGAAAACCAAAAUAUUACGAAAUGGAAACAAGUUGUGCUCAGAGGACCGACUCUGUCAUAACGUGACGACUGUGUCCUGGCUCAUGUCAGCUUUCAAAUUCAAACAACAACAAAAUAUGUAAAACAAAUAAUAUAUUUUUUUAAAAAACGCAGGGAAAGUGACACAAUUGACUGAAUGACACUUGAAUGAAAAAUCAAAAAUAAACAAUCAAAUAAUGUUUCUGACAGUGACACACACUCACAAAAAUGCCAAAUUUCUCAAACAGUCAAAUAUCAGCAGUAAAAAAAAUACUCUUUAGAUGGAUUUGAUAUUGGUUUUUAAACCCAAUAUUGGUCUGCAGGAAUAUUGAUCCAUCUCAAAAAAUCAGAAACCAACACCACUGUUUACUUUGAUGGUUCUGUUUUGUUUUGUUUUUUUAGCCUUGAAACUGAACAUAAUAUGAACAAAAUGGAAGAUAAAUGAUAAAUCUUGUGAAUAAGUAUUGUUUUGUU